AGGAGGACUCCGCGCAACCAUGGCCGCAGCCGCCCGGGCCCGGGUCGCGCACUUGCUGAGGCAACUGCAGCGCGCAUCCUCCUGGACUUUCACCUUCUGGGAAAACAGGAGAUUAUGCCUUUGAGAUGGCCGUUUCAAAUAUUAGAUAUGGAGCAGGAGUUACAAAGGAAGUGGGCAUGGACUUACAAAACAUGGGUGCUAAAAAUGUUUGCCUGAUGACAGACAAGAACCUCUCCCAGCUCCCUCCUGUCCAAGCAGUUAUGGAUUCCCUAGUGAAGAAUGGCAUCCGCUUUCAGGUUUAUGACAAUGUGAGGGUGGAACCAACAGAUACGAGCUUCAAGGAAGCUAUUGAGUUUGCCCAAAAGGGAGCUUUUGAUGCCUACGUUGCUGUGGGUGGCGGCUCCACCAUGGACACCUGUAAAGCUGCUAACCUGUACACGUCCAGCCCUCACUCUGAUUUCCUAGAUUAUGUCAACGCCCCCAUUGGGAAGGGAAAGCCUGUGUCUGUGCCUCUGAAGCCUCUAAUCGCAGUUCCAACUACCACAGGAACUGGGAGUGAAACAACAGGGGUUGCCAUUUUUGACUAUGAACACUUGAAAGUAAAAACUGGCAUUGCUUCAAGAGCCAUCAAACCCACACUGGGACUGAUUGAUCCUCUGCACACCCUCCAUAUGCCUGAACGGUUGGUCGCCAACAGUGGCUUCGAUGUGCUUUGCCAUGCUCUGGAGUCAUACACUGCCCUCCCCUACCACAUGCGGAGCCCCUGCCCUUCAAAUCCCAUGAUGCGGCCGGCAUACCAGGGCAGCAACCCAAUCAGCGACCUCUGGGCAGUCCAUGCGCUGCGGAUCGUUGCUAAGUAUAUGAAGAGGGCUGUCAGAAAUCCUGAUGAUCUUGAAGCAAGGUCUCAUAUGCACUUGGCAAGUGCUUUUGCUGGCAUUGGCUUUGGAAAUGCUGGUGUUCAUCUGUGCCAUGGAAUGUCUUACCCAAUUUCGGGUUUAGUGAAGACAUAUAAAGCAAAGGAUUACAAUGUGGAUCACCCACUGGUGCCCCAUGGCCUUUCUGUGGUGCUCACGUCCCCAGCGGUGUUCACUUUCACUGCCCAGAUGUUUCCAGAGCGGCACCUGGAGACAGCAGAAAUAUUAGGCGCUGACAUCCGCACUGCCAGGACCCAAGAUGCCGGGCCUGUGUUGGCAGACACGCUCCGGAAAUUCUUAUUCGAUCUGGAUGUUGAUGAUGGCCUAGCAGCUGUUGGUUACACCAAGGCCGAUAUCCCCGCAUUAGUGAAAGGAACGCUGCCCCAGGAAAGGGUCACCAAGCUUGCACCCCGUCCCCAGUCAGAAGAGGAUCUGUCUGCUCUGUUUGAAGCUUCAAUGAAACUGUAUUAAUUGUCAUUUUAACUGAAAGAAUUACCGCUGGCCAUCUUAGUUCUGAAAACAAAAGUUGAUCUAGUUAGAGCUUUGUCUUUUUAUCACCACACAACUUACCUGCUACCAAUUUGAAUGUGAUAUAAAUGUCUCCUGCAGGAUAUUCCCUGAUGCCUGGAGUCAAGUUACUUCCAUAAAACAGGCUGGACAAAUGCCCACUAUGUCAGACCCCUGGGAUAGAUUUCAGGUGUUCCUGUGUCUAACCCUACAGAAUACUCUGCCCUUCCUCCAUGUAGCAAAUGGGCAAAAACUCAGCAUCCAUCAAAAGUGUAAAUGUAUAUGUCCUAUGCUGAAUAACUAGCUGCAUGUCUAGAAAUUUAUCCUGUAGAAACACUAGCACAAGUAUGUAAAGAAAUGUGGUAGGGAUGUUUCUGGCAGCACUUUUUCUAAUAAUGAAAAAUUUUAAACAA